AUCUCUCUGCUGUACUUGGUUAUUUAAAGAUGUAUGAAUUAAUCCAGUGUUAGUCCCCGUUUAUUUGACUAGUGUAAAACAAUUUAUGUGUUUAACUCGUGGCAUAGUUUAUACAUUUUGAAUGGAGUGGUGUAUUAGAGAAGAUGCCGACAAACUGAGCAAAUUGAGUGACUCAUGUGCUCAAAUAAUUCAAAAGCUGACAGCAAUAGGAAGGAUCGAUCGCUCUCCCUCCCUUGUGACGGCUCGCGAAAGGAUGUAACAAAAUUUGUGUCUCCUGAGCAGGCAACACACAAUACUUUAAGAUGCAUUUUUACUUGCCUAGACGUCCAUUGACCAACAUUUCAAAUUUUUAACCUAUAUUUCAGAAAUGUCAAAUUGAUCAACAAAAACAACCAAAACAAGAGGCUUGAUAAGCCAGAAGCAGAAAAAGAAUUAUCCACAGUUUAUCUUUAUUUGAUAUAAAUUAUUAUUUCACAACCUUGAUAAAGAUUGUCUUUCGUAAGAAUGAUAUACCCUUAUUAUUAUAAGCAGUCGUCAUCCAGUGCGAAACCAGUAAUCAAGAACAAAUAUUUUCCUCUGUAAUGUAGAUAAUGAGAAAACGAUAAUUAUAGGAAAGUAUUUAAAUUCUAGUUUUCGAAUGUGUUGCAAGGUUGUGUUCUAAACUAGUUCACAAGGAUGUCUUUAAGAAAGUUAACAACAAAUCUAUUCAGAGUUCCAGAUGUUCAAAACUGUGUUCUAAGAUGUUUCAGUUUGCACAAACUCUCAGAGGAGCAGUUGAUGCUUCAACAAAUGUGCAGGGAUUUUGCAGAAACAGAGCUAAAGCCUAUUGCAGCUCAAUUAGAUAAGGAACACAGGUUUCCUGCUGAACAGAUUAAGAAAAUGGGUGAACUAGGUCUUUUAGGUAUAACAGUAUCAGAUGAGUAUGGUGGUGCUGGUCAAGAUAUGCUAUCACUAGCUGUUGCAGUAGAAGAAUUAGCCAGAGCUUGUGGGGGUACAGGCACUAUAGUUUCCGUCCAUAACUGUUUAUAUGUAGGUCUGUUAGAUAGAUGUGGUACUCCUGAACAGAAAGAGAAGUUCCUGAGGCCGUUUACUAGUGGUACCUUAGGAUGUUUUGCUCUUAGUGAACCAGAUGCUGGUAGUGAUGUAGGAAAUAUGUCUUGCGUGGCAAGACAAGAUGGCGAUUACUGGGUAUUAAAUGGCACAAAAUCCUGGGUAACCAGUGGCGUAGAAGGAAAAGCCGCUGUCGUAUUUGCCACAGUUGAUAGAAGUCUGAAACAUAGAGGUAUUACAGGAUUUAUAAUUCCAAAACCAACAGAAGGGCUGUCAUUAGGUAAAAAAGAAGAUAAGCUAGGUAUUAGGGCCUCCACAACGUGCAAUCUCAUUCUAGAAGAUGUUAGGAUUCCCAAAGAAAACAUCUUAGGUGAAAUUGGUGGUGGAUUUAGAAUGGCGAUGGAACAAUUAGAUAGGGCGAGAGUGGGGAUAGCGGCACAAGCUCUAGGCAUUGCUCAAGCAGCAUUAGAAGUUGCCGUUGACUAUGCCGGACAAAGAAAAGCGUUUGGAAAGCCUAUUAAUCAAUUACAAGCUGUUAAGAUGAGACUGGCCGAUAUGGCACUACGACUGGAGGCUGCAAGGCUGUUAGUCUGGAGAGCUGCAGCAUGUUGCGAGGAAGAUCGCAGGACGUCAAAGGAGUCUUCCAUGGCAAAAUUGGCAGCUAGCGAAGCUGCCACCUUUGUUUCCCAUAAUGCUAUUCAAAUAUUAGGAGGAAUGGGGUAUGUGUUAUAGUGAAAUGUAUUUAUAAAUGUUUGAAACUAUCAAACAAUAUUUUUUUUCAGUUACGUGACAGAUAUGCCAGCUGAAAGACAUUAUAGAGAUGCAAGAAUCACGGAGAUAUAUGCGGGUGCAACAGAUGUACAAAAAAUACUUAUAGGUGAUCUUAUUGUUAAAGAAUAUAGCUAAAUAUUUUGUUUAUUAUAUUGAUUUUUUACACUUAUAAAAAAAUAAAUAUUUCUGUACUGAUUUUA